AGUUGUUAGUUUAUACUAGUAUAAAAAAGUAGCUGUACCUUUGUGUAAAAAUGCCGUGGUUUUUUCGUUUUUGCGUUGAGAGAUGGACUUAUUCUGAUUUCUGAGCUGGUCGGUUCGGGGAACAUCAUAACGCGCCAGGCUAGAAUUACUCUCAUAAAAAUUAAAAUUGAUAAAAAUGAUAAAAUACAAAUGUUAUUAUGAGUUGUAACUUGUAGUUGUAGCAUGCUAUUUAUUGACGAUUGUUGUAACAUAAAAAUUGUAAUUAUUGGUUAAUCCAAGCCUGUCUUCGUUUUUCGAGCAGGACAGAAAUAUUUAAGUCCAGUUGUCAACUUGUCCACCGUUGCUUUUUUUGUUAACUUACAAUUAACUUGAUAUUGAUAUUUUAAUUUUUUGUAAUACAGCUGCGCUGUGGUAAAGGUGAAUUGAUUACAGUAUUAAUUCGUUUUACAUAAAGUAUUCUGUAAUUGUAAUUUGUGCGCCUGCAGCGAUCGUAAUCUGAAACCUGAUUGCUGUGCAUGCGAAGUGAUUGUUAACGCUGUCGUGCAUGCCUUUUAAACCAUGGUCAUCCAGCAAAUGGAAUGUUCGAUAGCUUCCGUGGUAUCUAUGUACUUGGAAUCCUUGAGUCAUUUCAGAACCGUUUUCUUUUAGUUUGCUUGACUGUUGUUUGCUACUUGUUAGUAACGGAUGUACAGUCAGUAGAUACAGACUUAUACCGUAUAUUUUAUUUUGCGUGCUUCGUGUAACGGUAAAAAUAACUUUGUUCAGUAGUUCGUUAUAUGUUAAUUUCUUCCAUUCAGGGAUCAGACAUUGCGUAUAAAAUGUUCCGCAGGACAAAAUCCUAUCCAGUUCCUAGCUACGAGAACAAUGGUUCCCACUCUCCUCUGAUUAAAUCCGAAUCGUGUGGCUGUGAACCGCGUAAAUCCCUUACCGGCGAACAGAAACCGGGAAUACUGGCUAAAAUACGCUCCCGUAUGUGCCGGACAUCCCUUCAAGAGAGAAACGGCUCGGACUGUGGAUCUCAUCAGUCCGAUUCCAUUCGCAGCAACUGGUCAGUCUCUGUCAGUAAAAUUCCGUUGAAGCGAACUUCCGUUGAUAAUGUGCCAAACAGUGGUCAUCGGCUUCUUCACGAACGGCGCAGUGUCACUGGACCGUUGCAUCUUCCCGGAAGAGGGGCAUCUCCUCCGAAAUCCGGUAGCUGUCGCCGAUCACACCCUUCAUCCACCGAUAUGCGCUCACCCACCACUCCACCCAAAGUCCCGGCGCGCAGUCCCGUGUCAUUGGGAUUAGUGCCGUCGAGUGGCAGUCCCCAUAGUAAUCCGGAUAUUCAUCGGCUGGUGAAGAUUGCCGAAGUGGAUAAGCCCAUAGAGGCGCGUCCCUUGAGUCCUCCUACGGGGCUGCAUCGGCCGUUGAGCAUGUCCCGCUCCUUUAAACCACUCCCUCCGCUGCCCGUAACUGAAGGUGACGAGCAUGAUGCUGUCGAGGAUCAUGUUGAUCAAAUCGAGGAGAACGAUGUUUGUGACAACAGCGAGCAGCCGCCCAACGAACACGCUCCGGCCCCUCCAGUUGAGCUGUUGUAUCGACCAGUGGACGAAAGUUACUCAGUGACAUCCGAACUCCAGAACCUGGCUCAUCAUGGAUGGUACUGGGGGCCGAUUUCGCGGUCAGAGGCAGAAGAACGUCUGGUCGAUCUACCGGACGGUGCUUUCUUAGUGCGAAACUCGUUGGACAGGCGUUAUCUCCUGAGCUUAAGUUUCCGCUCCUUCCAACAGACUCUCCACGCGCGCAUUGAGUACGAGAAUUGCCGUUUUAGCUUCUAUCCGCAGAUUGAAAAAGACGCCUACCAUUCAGUUGUUGAUUUGAUUAAGAGUGCUAUGGAGAAAGCUUCGACGGUUUGCUAUAGCCGCAGUCGCCAGCCAGAUUCACCGGCAUUUCCGGUGCGACUGACCCAUCCGGUCAGCCGCUUCGCGGAAGUAGGCAAGCUGCAAUUUUUAUGUAAAUUUACGAUCAGGUUGCAUAUAAGAGCCGAUUAUUUGGCGCAGACGCCCCUGCCUGAGUCGAUCCGGAAGUACCUCUCGUCAUGUCCCACUGAUGGUUAAAUUUUUCAUUCUUGUUGAUGUAAUUGUCUUUUCUUAUUUGUAGAUAUAUUUCAUUCCGUUAUGUACGAUAUUUUAAAGGAGGUUUAAAAACUGAGCUGUGCGAUUCGAUAUAGGUAUCUGUACUUGUUUGUAAGUUCUCUAUUUGCUCAGACUGAACAGUGUUUAAUUAUUUUGUUAACAAUUCACCGCUUGUUCAGUCAGCUAAUUAUUCUUUGAAACGAAAUUUUUACAAAUCUGCAAGAACAACAACAGAGGAUAUCACAUCAGAAAUGUCGCCGCUGAUUGAGGCCGGUGAGAUUAGCGAUCUGCAAUAAAGAAGUGACAUAC